AUGAAAAUCUUUCUACCACUAAUCUUUCUGGUUUUUAUUUGUUCCCCAGGGAAGGCUAGAGAUAGACACUACAAUAUAGGCAUUAGAGAAACUGCUUGGAAUUAUGCUCCUACUGGCAAAAAUGUGCUCAAUAUGAAAGAAUUUUACUCCCGAAAGUAUCUCCAACAAGAUCAAGAUAGGAUAGGAUAUGUUUAUAAAAAGGCUUUGUAUUUCCAGUAUGCUGAUGAUACAUUUCAAACAAUCAUUGAAAAACCACCUUGGUUGGGAUUUUUAGGUCCAAUAAUUAAGGCAGAGACUGGAGACUUCAUUUAUGUGCAUGUAAAAAAUUUUGCUUCUAGAAGCUAUAGUUUCCAUCCUCAUGGGCUCACUUAUAACAAGGAAAAUGAAGGUGCUCUCUAUCCUGACAAUACUUCGAGCUGGAAAAAAAAAGUAGACUAUCUGGAGCCGGGAACACAAUAUACUUACAAAUGGUAUGUAGAGGAAAAGCAGGGGCCUGGCCCAGAUGACAGUGAUUGUGUGAUUCGGAUUUACCACUCUCAUAUAGAAACUACCAGAGAUAUGGCUUCAGGACUUAUUGGUCCAAUUCUGACUUGUAAAAGAGGCACAUUAAAUGGAGACACUGAAAAAAAUAUCAACAAGUCUUAUAUUCUCAUAUUUACUAAAGUUGAUGAAAACAAGAGCUGGUAUAUUGAUGACAAUAUUGAUACAUAUACUGAAAAUGGCCAAGUUAAUGCUAGUGAUUCUGGCUUCCAGGAGAGCAAUAUCAUUCCCUCAAUAAAUGGAUAUGUAUAUGGAAAUCUACCUGAUCUCAUCAUGUGUGCAGAAGACAGGGUUAACUGGUACUUUGUUGGUUUGGGUAGUGUGACUGACACCCACAGCAUCUAUCUCCAUGGACAAACUCUGAUCUCUCGAAAUCAUAGAAAAGACACCAUUACCAUCUUCCCUUCCUCGCUGGAAAGUGCCUCAAUGGUAGCCAAGAGCCCUGGAGAGUGGAUGCUGGGCUGUCAGAUACAUGGUAAGAAUUUAUUACUUAGUAUGAAAGCCUUUUUCAGUGUAAAGAAUUGUGAAAAACCUUCAACAAGUAACACUAGAACAAAUGUUAUACAUUACUAUAUUGCUGCUGAAGAAAUUUUCUGGAACUAUGCCCCAUCUGGUGUAGAUUUCUUCACUAAAAAAAAUUUAACAGCUGCUGGAAGUGAAUCCCAGCUAUACUUUGAACAAAGCUCAACCAGAAUUGGAGGAACUUACAAAAAACUGGUUUACCGAGAAUACACAGAUGCUUCCUUCCAAAUACAGAAGGCACGAAAAGAGCAUAUGGGAAUCCUUGGCCCUGUACUUAAGGCAGAGGUGGGACAGAUCAUCCAGGUUACUUUCUAUAACAAUGCUCCAGUGCCGCUCAGCAUUCAGCCUCAUGGGCUACGUUACAACAAGAGCAAUGAGGGGUCUUUCUACAAAACACCUGUAGGAAGUCCUCCUCCACUCUCCUCACAUGUGAAUCCUGGAACAACAUUUGUCUACACAUGGGAAGUUCCAAAAGAUGUAGGUCCUACCCCCACAGAUCCCCACUGCCUAACUUGGUUCUACUACUCCUCAGUCAAUGAGACAAGAGACAUUUACAGUGGCCUAAUAGGACCUCUCCUUGUCUGCAGACAUGGAAGUCUUGGAGAGGAUGGCAAACAGAAAGGAAUAGACAAAGAGUUUUACAUGCUUGUUACAAUAUUUGAUGAAAAUAAAAGUUAUCUCUUGGAUGAAAAUAUCAGAACAUUUAUCACACAGCCUGAAAAUGUGGAUAAACAGGACCCAGAUUUCCAAGUCUCUAACAGGAUGCACUCAAUAAAUGGAUACAUGUAUGGAAAUCUACCUGGAUUGGAUAUGUGCUUAGGUGACAAUGUUAUAUGGCACAUCCUUAGUGUGGGAUCAGAGAAAGACUUACAUGGGAUAUACUUUUCAGGAAAUACUUUCAUCUCCAAAGGAGCAAGGAAAGACACUAUUGCUAUGUUUCCCCACACUUCCCAAACACUAUCUAUGACAGUUGAUUCCACAGGUGUUUUUGAUGUGGUUUGUAUGACAACAGAGCACUAUCAAGGAGGCAUGAAGCAUAAAUAUCAAGUAAGACAGUGUAUGGAGCCAAAUCCUGAUCAAACACAGUACCAUGAAGAGAAAAUUAUUUAUAUUGCAGCUGAAGAAAUAAUAUGGGAUUAUUCUCCUAGCAGAAAGUGGGAGAAAGAACUGAAACACUUACAAGGAAAGAAUGAAACAGGCAUAUAUGCAGAUAGAGUUGGGGCAUACCUUGGGUCCAAAUAUAAGAAAGUUGUAUAUCGCCAGUAUUAUGACAUUACAUUCAUGAAUCAAACAAAAAGAAAGGAAGAUGAAAAACAUCUGGAUCUAUUAGGUCCUUUAAUAUUUCUCAACCCUGGUCAAAAACUUAAAAUUAUCUUUAAAAAUAAAGCCUCAAGACCAUAUUCUAUUCAUGCACAUGGAGUGAAAACAAAUUAUUCAACUGUUAUUCCAACACUUCCAGGAGAGAUACAAACAUAUAUUUGGCAGAUUCCUGAAAGAACUGGUCCUACCUCAAUGGACUUUGAGUGCAUACCUUGGUUUUACUAUUCUACUGUGGAUGUAAUUAAGGACCUUAACAGUGGGCUGGUAGGCCCCUUAAUUGUGUGUCACAAAAAAACCAAAGCCAGCAUAGUUCACCGUGUUCUCCACUUCAUGAUUUUUAAUGAGAAUGAAUCAUGGUACUUUGAUGAAAACAUCAAAACCUAUUCUCCAGAACCAAACCACGUGGACAAGAAUGAUGAUAAUUUUCAGCUGAGCAACAAAAUGCAUGCAAUUAAUGGAAGAAUAUUUGGAAAUAACCAAGGUCUGGUGUUACAUGUUGGAGAUGAAGUGAAUUGGUAUCUUAUUGGCAUGGGGAGUGCAAGUGACUUGCAUACAGUUCAUUUUCAUGGCCACAGCUUUGAAUACAGGGAUUCUGGAGUAUAUCGCUCAGAUGUUUAUGACCUUCCCCCUGGGACCUAUCAAACUAUAAAAAUGUAUCCACGAGAUGUUGGAACCUGGUUAUUUCAUUGUCAUGUUAAUAAUCACAUUGAUGCUGGAAUGGAAAGCAUUUACACUGUAAUUGAAUGA